GCGUGCCGCUCUUUGGUUCCGCCACGCCCAUCAUGGCGGCGGCUCCGGCUGCCUUUGGCCCCGCCCCUCAGUGACGCGCCGCGAGUCACCUGACCAGGCUGCGGCCUGAGGAGACACAAGGGAAGUUGCUGUCGCCAAAGUCGGAUCCGCCGCCGCCACCGUCCUCAGGAGUCGCCGGGCCCUCGCGUCGUUGCCGCCGCCACCCAGAUCCCCGCACCAUGCCGUCGGAGAAGACCUUCAAGCAGCGCCGCACCUUCGAACAAAGAGUAGAAGACGUCCGACUUAUUCGAGAGCAGCAUCCAACCAAAAUCCCGGUGAUAAUAGAACGAUACAAGGGUGAGAAGCAGCUUCCUGUUCUGGAUAAAACGAAGUUCCUUGUACCUGACCAUGUCAACAUGAGUGAGCUCAUCAAGAUAAUUAGAAGGCGCCUACAGCUAAAUGCUAAUCAAGCCUUCUUCCUGUUGGUGAAUGGACACAGCAUGGUGAGCGUCUCCACACCAAUCUCAGAGGUGUACGAGAGUGAGAAGGAUGAAGAUGGAUUCCUGUACAUGGUCUAUGCCUCCCAGGAGACGUUUGGGAUGAAAUUGUUUUGUCGGACUUCCAGCUAGUCCCUGUGUUGGUAAGGAAAGGAGCAGUGCACCUGUGCCAUCCUUCAGGCCAGCAGCAGCCACAGAAUAGUGCAACUGAAAGCAUUCAGAUCCAGACGCUCCCUUCUAUCAUCUGGCUUCAAGCUAUGGAUGAUCCUUUUUAAAAUUUUUAUUUUAAUGUUAAAUUUGUAACUCAAUGUUACUGAAAAGGUUCCCAUAUUUUUAAUAGUUCAGUUAUCACUGUUAGAUCAAACAGCCAUCAGAAUUCUCCCACACUAAGUGCAUGUCAGUUGUGGAGAAAACAUACCAAAAGGAGCCAUACGCUUUUAAAUGGUAAUGUCAGAAGUUAAAUCCCUUCAGUUUCAACCUUGAUGAAAGACCAGUGCUUCCCAUUACCUGCAUGGGGUUCAGUGUUGACAGUGUUCUUGGGAGGAUCACAGGAAGGUCAGUUACACUUUAGACUGUCCGUGUAGCAGGUCAUAACUUAACCUUGUGUGUUUAGAUGUGUAUGGAAAACCUGUGUACGUUAGUAACAGCUGUUUCCUGCAGUGGGGACACUCGAUUCCCUCCGUCUGGGCCCUCUACUGAUGUUAAAGGACUUCCUGUCACCUGCUUUCCCGCUGCAUGCGUUUGUCCACUUGGCUACUUUUAAUAUGUGUAUUUUUACAUUAUGUCAAUUCUUCACUGACUGUAUACAUCAUAUCUGACAUUAUUGUAACUGCUGUGUGAUCACUAAGAUUCCUAUAAGAAAUACUGCUUUUUAAAAAAAAUAACAUGCUGAGGGGUGACAUAGUCCACAAGUGAACGGUCACUUUAUUUGUAGGAUCUUUAAAACGUACGUUUUUAAUGAACUAAGUUGAAUAAAGGCACAAUUAAAAACGGUCAUUAAA